AUGGGGACAUUUCAAAGCGAUGAUCUGGGAAAUGAUGAUACCAUCGGAGGGAAUGUGAGCAAAUAUAUGGUGCUUCCAAGUGGAUACUUUGGACAGCCCAAGAAAGGACAUCUUAUCUUUGAUGCUUGCUUUGAAAGUGGUAACCUUGGACGGGUGGACCAGGUCUCUGAGUUUGAGUAUGAUUUAUUCAUUAGGCCGGAUACCUGUAAUCCACGCUUCCGAGUCUGGUUCAACUUUACUGUUGAGAACGUGAAAGAAUCACAGAGAGUCAUUUUCAACAUUGUUAACUUCAGCAAAACUAAAAGUCUUUAUAGAGAUGGGAUGGCCCCUAUGGUGAAAUCUACCAGCAGACCAAAAUGGCAAAGACUGCCACCUAAAAAUGUUUACUACUACCGCUGCCCGGACCAUAGGAAGAAUUAUGUGAUGUCCUUUGCAUUUUGUUUUGACCGAGAAGAAGAUAUUUACCAGUUUGCUUACUGCUACCCAUAUACGUACACUCGCUUUCAGCAUUACCUUGACAGCCUGCAAAAGAGAAACAUGGAUUACUUCUUCCGGGAGCAGCUGGGUCAGAGUGUGCAACAGCGGCACCUAGACCUCCUGACGAUAACCAGUCCUGACAACCUUCGGGAGGGGGCAGAGCAAAAGGUGGUAUUCAUCACAGGACGAGUCCACCCAGGGGAAACACCCUCUUCAUUUGUGUGUCAAGGGAUCAUUGACUUCCUCAUAAGCCAGCACCCUAUUGCUCGUGCCCUACGGGAACACCUGGUCUUCAAGAUUGCACCCAUGCUCAACCCUGAUGGCGUCUACCUGGGCAAUUACAGGUGCUCUCUGAUGGGGUUCGACCUGAACCGUCACUGGCUGGAUCCCUCUCCGUGGGCCCACCCCACCCUGCAUGGGGUGAAACAGCUUAUCAUUCAGAUGUACAACGACCCAAAAACAAGCCUGGAGUUUUAUAUUGACAUCCACGCCCACUCCACCAUGAUGAAUGGCUUCAUGUAUGGCAACAUCUUUGAAGAUGAGGAACGGUUCCAGAGGCAGGCCGUCUUCCCCAAGCUCCUCUGCCAGAAUGCCGAGGACUUCUCCUACUCCAGCACGUCCUUUAACCGAGAUGCCGUGAAAGCAGGAACUGGCCGUCGCUUCCUCGGUGGGCUGCUGGACCACACUUCGUAUUGCUACACCCUCGAGGUUUCCUUCUACAGCUACAUCAUCGGCGGCACCACAGCCGCUGUGCCCUACACGGAGGAAGCCUAUAUGAAGCUGGGGCGGAACGUGGCGAGAACGUUUUUGGAUUAUUACCGGCUGAACCCCAUGGUCGAGAAAGUGACGAUCCCCAUGCCAAGGCUGCGGAAAGAAAAACCCCCUCCCUACAAGCACCCACUCCUGCGGGGCCCAGCCAGCAACCACCCCAACAGCAAAGGGGGCAAGAAGAGCUCAGUGAACCACAAAGACCCUUCAAACUCUUUUUAA